CUCACCAUGUCACUGACUGUCGAGAAAUUGAACGAUGACACGACAUUCUUGCUGGCCUUUGCGCCGGCUUUUGCACCUAAGAAAGGCAACAUUGUUCGCAAGUUCCCGGGCGCAUAUACAAUAUUGCUAGAUCCAUGGCUCUCCGGCCAGUCGUCGAUCUUGCAUCCAACAUUUCAAGUGUCUAGGCACACCUCGAAGGUCGCCGUCAAAUCAUUGGCAGACUUGCGGGAGCUACCAGAUGUAAUCAUCAUAAGUCAAGAUAAGCCUGAUCACUGCCAUCGUAAGACGUUAUGUUCUCUGCCAAAAAACACUCGGACACAGAUCCUUGCGACGCCAGCUGCGGCAAAGAAGAUCGAAAGUUGGAGACAUUUCGAGCCAGGCGUUGUUCGCAUCAUACGACCAUACUGCCCGGAAAAGCCAGAUGCGCUGUUCAAGAUUCCGCUGGCGCCGUACACUCAUACAAGCUCUGCUGGUGAAAUAACGAUUGCGAAUGUGCCUACAAGGCGGGACAUAACCGGCUUGCACAAUGCUAUUGGUAUCACCUACCGACCACCGGGGUCUUUGCUGACUUCACACGAUGGAGAUUGUAAGACAAUCUCCGCCAUCUAUACACCACAUGGUCUGUCCUUCUCCGCACUAGCUCCAUACCUGCAAAGUCACCUCGACCAGUUAAGUGCAUUGCCGGUCACUGCACUGUUCCACUGCGUCAAUUCGGAGCGGAAUCCAUGGUUUAUGGGUGGUUUGGUUGCCAGAGGUGCGCCCGGCGGAACCGACGUCGCCGUGAGAACUCGAGCGCGGUAUUGGAUCAGUGCACAUGACGAGGCGAAAGAAAAUCGAGGUGUUUCCGUCAGAUGGAUCAAGGGCACACGGUACUCUCCGGAGGAAGUGGUCAGCAUGCUCGUGGACAAAGCUGCAAAAGCGGCAACGGCUGAGCAGAGGGUUCCAGAGGUCAAGUUCCUAGCAGUCGGCGAAACCAUGCGGAUCGAAGGAUGA